UAUUAGUCAUAAUUUUAGAUAUUUUGUAUAUAUUUAGCUUUAAGUUUGAAAACGGAUUGACCGUAUCGAUAUUAUAAUCGCUAGACACCUAAAACCAAAAGUACGACAUGUGGCAUGUCAACGCAUCGGACUUAUAAAUCAGGUGUACUCUGCCGCUCGACAAUGAUCGAUCAGUCACGUUUCGGCCACCGCCGACGUUACAUUAGACAUAAGCUACUGCUAAAAAUAUAUUAAAAUAGUUGUAACAUGGCUCCUUGUUCCAUUAGAUGGUGUGAUAAAACAAGUCAAACAUCGAGUUUGGAGAAAGAUGGGAUUACAUUUCACCUAUUCCCACGGCAUCCUAAAAUGAAAGAAAAAUGGAUUAAUGUGACAAGGCGAAAUAACUGGUUUCCAUCAAAACACAGUGUGAUUUGCUCACGUCAUUUUACUAAAGAUUGUUUUGUAAUGACAAAAAGUCGGCGUCGUCUGCUAGGUUCGGCAAUCCCGACAUUACAUUUACCUCUUCUGAGCGCAGGGGAGAAGUCGGAUGAUUCGAGCUCAGAAUCCAGCACAGAAUCCAGCAUAUCAACAGAAUCGACGCAAUCCAAAAAAAGGAAAGAAUUUCCAGGAAGUCCUUCAGACUACGAUUCGCCAACGGAAAAACGCUUGUGUAGGAGGAUCAUCGAUUUAACAGAAGCAGUUUCAUUAAAAAAUAGAGAAUUAAAAAAUCUUCGAGAAAAAUUACGGUACACACGGAAAAGGGUGGCUUUUUUGGAAAAUGCUUUAAGUGGGGUGGACAAACAAAAAAUAGUAAAGGUAGAAAAUCUAGACGAACCAGAAAGCUCGUCGAUAAAAGACGAUUCGGCCUAUAUGAAGAUCAGUCCCCGUUCGAGUCCACUUACAAUCUUGCUAAAAAGCGAUCCCCUUGAUACCUCUCCGCACGGAGCCUCGCGUUCUCCUAAAUCUUCGACGUGACCUCUUUCAAGCAAAAUACUCACGUCACAUGCGGUGUUACGUGCUUGUAAUUUUAUUAUCUAUUUCCCGAACGGGUACUAAGUAUAAAUACCUACUUUAGUAGGUACCUACAAUAAAAACAACUAAUCGACAAAAUCAAUAUUUUUUUUUUGAAGUGAGAGAGGUUUUUUUUUCGAAACUCCUAGAAACGAUAGAUGUAUCGAUUGUUUUGCAAUAGUCGGCAGCAAUACUAUAGUGUUAAAAUACUAAAUAUUAUAGUAUUUAAAAAAAACUAUCGAUUGUGAAAUUAUCGAUA